AUCUUGUGUUUGACUUGUUUGCCUUGCAGACGAAGACGAACUGAGGUUCAAAGAUGGCGGCCAUGACAUCGCCGCUGCGUGUAUGUCGCGGUAUACUGAAAGAGAUUCGGGCAUUAAAGGGACGUGAAUAUAAACAAACAUUGGCAUAUAAUUAUGUUUUGGAUCAAUUCCGUAAAAAUCAGGUAAGACAAAAGGUGAGCAGCGAGAGGUAUUGCCGUGCCCAGGAGGAGGCCCUCCACACCUCCCAGUCCUACCUGUGCCUGCUGGCCUCCACCCGGCUCCACCUGGCCCUCCACAACCUGUACCACGGCAAGGGGGAGCGCGCCCCUGAGCAGGUGGCGGGCAUGGUGGGGCUCCGGCUCCCCACGCAGCCAGGGGGGAAGGGAUGGGAGAAGUGACCCGGAGAGAGACACUCCAGCCCGACGAAACCGCAGUAGAACCACAGCACCCGGUCCACUGGCCAGAGAGACAAUCGCAAAAUGACCGAACUCGCAACCCAGAGAGCGUGAAGAGAUGGGUGGGGUGGGGGGGGUGGUGGGGAUGGUGAAAGCCAGCGGGAUGUUUUUUUGUAGACGACUGGAGAAGCAAACAUGGCCCUGAGAGAAAGGGAGAGAGGGGAUAGACUGAUGCAGAGAAAAAGAUAAACCGACAGGCAGACGGAUAGACUUGAGUGGAAUAUCCUACAGCAGAGGAAGAUGUUCUCUUUUAAUCAAUCAGUCAGACAGUCUCCACAUACUGCCAGCCUACCCUCUCCUCUAGUUUCGCUCUUUCUACGUCUGUAAAACUAGUACUGUGAAAAUAAAGAGUUUGUAAAUAUA